GCUCCUCCUCCUGCUGUGUGCGCGAGCCCUCCUCCCCCUCCCGUCUGUGCGCGCGCGCCCCCCUCAGCCUCUGCCUCCUCACAGCAGCGGCGAGCGGGCCUGGGACCGGGCGGCAGCGGGUCCCUCUGAGCGCAGCGGCCGCGCGGGCACCGGAGGCGACCACAUCCCCCUUCCAUAGCGGUUCCCGGCACGGAGAACAUGGCGGCGGUCUCGGGGGCCGGGGCUGCGGGCGGCUCGGCCAACGCCGGGGGUCCGGAGAUGGUGCGGGGCCAGGUGUUCGAUGUGGGGCCCCGCUACAUCAACCUCUCCUACAUCGGGGAGGGGGCCUACGGCAUGGUCUGUUCUGCCUAUGAUAACGUCAACAAAGUUCGAGUAGCUAUAAAGAAAAUCAGCCCUUUUGAGCACCAGACGUAUUGCCAGAGAACUCUGAGAGAGAUCAAAAUCCUCCUGCGCUUCAGACAUGAGAAUAUUAUCGGAAUCAAUGACAUUAUCAGAGCUCCGACUAUUGAGCAAAUGAAAGAUGUAUACAUUGUGCAAGAUCUCAUGGAAACAGAUCUUUACAAGCUCUUAAAGACUCAACACCUCAGCAACGACCACAUUUGUUAUUUCCUUUAUCAGAUCCUGAGAGGGUUAAAAUAUAUUCAUUCAGCCAAUGUGUUGCAUCGUGACCUCAAACCCUCCAACUUGCUGCUUAACACCACUUGUGAUCUCAAGAUUUGCGACUUUGGUUUGGCUCGUGUUGCAGAUCCAGAUCAUGAUCACACAGGGUUCCUGACAGAAUAUGUAGCCACACGUUGGUACAGAGCACCUGAAAUUAUGUUGAAUUCUAAGGGUUAUACCAAGUCUAUUGAUAUCUGGUCUGUAGGAUGUAUUCUGGCAGAGAUGCUCUCCAACAGACCCAUCUUUCCAGGAAAACAUUACCUUGAUCAGCUGAACCAUAUCCUUGGUAUACUUGGAUCUCCUUCUCAAGAAGACUUGAAUUGUAUAAUCAAUGUAAAGGCCAGAAACUACUUGCUUUCUCUGCCACACAAAAAUAAGGUACCAUGGAACAGGCUGUUUCCAAAUGCAGACCCCAAAGCACUUGAUUUGUUGGAUAAAAUGUUGACCUUUAAUCCUCACAAGAGAAUUGAAGUGGAGCAAGCUUUGGCCCAUCCAUACCUGGAGCAGUAUUAUGAUCCAAGUGAUGAGCCUGUAGCUGAAGCACCCUUCAAGUUUGACAUGGAAUUGGAUGACUUGCCGAAGGAAAAACUGAAAGAACUAAUUUUUGAGGAAACUGCUAGAUUCCAGCCAGGAUAUCGAUCUUAAAUUGUGCAUAGGACAAGGACUUAAAGGACUGGGCAUGCUCAAACGUUGCUGUUCCUCUUCCCAGUUCUUGUAUCCUUGGUCAUAUCUUAUGGCCUAUCUCAGCUUAUCCACUAACUCCUUUGAGCCAUUCAGGAGGGCAGUUACUGGUAGUUUUGGCUUUUUAUGCUUUCAAUUAAUUCUUUAAGUCUGAAGAAUUGUUAUUGACAGUCCUAUCCGUAAUGCCCAUUGUUGACCUGUUGCAGUACUGUACUAUAAGUGCACCCACUGCUGACCAUACUUUAACUGCUUGCUUUCUGGUUUGAAAGAUGCAGUAGUUCCUUUCACUCCUGUAUCAUUAACCAAGCAGAUAACUCAUUAACCCAUAGAAGUUUGCACCAUGACCUGUGUUUUUCUGAUUUUACUGAAGUCACUGGCAUUUUUUAGGGAAAGCUACUAUUCAGGGCACUUUAAGUCAGUGACAUCCCAAUUUUUUUGCACUUCGCCUUUAUACAGUAACCGUUUACUCACAAUGGGAACUCAUUCGUAUAUACGCCAUUACAGAUUACAGCAUAGGCCACAUUUGCAUUAAUCUUGCUUAUGCACUUGUUUAGGUUUCUUAUUCUGUACAUAAAAAAUUCUACAAAGCAUAUUAGUGAAUAUCUAGGAAUCCAACUUAGUUAACAGAAUUCAUCUACCCAUCUAGAACAUUUUUUCCUAUGUAGUGAAAAAAAUCCUACAUUUCCUCUGCCUUUUCUAAAAAGAUAGUGGAUACUUGUACCAUUCUGGAGGUAUAGUACUUCCAAAGUUCAUGCUAUAUGUAGUGUUUACGAGAUUUAUGCAAAAAGAAUGAAAGUGGCAGCUCACUAAUAUAUUUAUUCACUGUGUGUUGAAAGAUUAAUAAAGAACACAAUGGCAUAUUUACCUAAUUAUGAAUGUUUUCCUUAGUAGAAGGCAUCCAUAUGCAUUAGUAAGCAGAGAAACCAAAAUGUGCUGUUACUAAACUCAGUCUACUUACUAUAUAUACCAAUGAAACACUUCAUAUGAGGGUGAUUAGUUUAUAUAACAUUUGAAUUUAAUGAAUAACAUUCAGGGUUCUUCCUGAGAGAAACACUGCAUCUUUAAAUGAGAAAGUUUGAAUUUACUUUUGCUACUACUGCACGUCAGCAUCUCAAGUUAAUUUCUUGCAACCUACGUUAUAAUGAUUUGUAAUCAAGCCUCCGUGAGCUCGUGACGUGAAGUACUGUUCUCUUGUCAAGUACUAUCAAACUUUUCUGAUAAUGCUGAGUUAGGACAGCCAAACAAAGCUAGCACUAAAUCAUGUUUAAAACUGUAUACCUUUUAAUGAUAUUUUCAAGUAUUUGUUACUGAAAUUGUAUAAUGUGGAGUUUCCUAGAUGUUCUGUUCCAGUGCAGUGCCUCCUUUUCUUUCCCCACUGCUCUCUGUGGUGAGAAACUUGCCUUGUUUAAAAUAAUUACUGUGCCCUCGCAUGACUGUUAAAGCUUUCUGUGCAAAGAUGAUUGUCUAAGUGCCACAUGCCUAUGAUUGAAAAAAAAUCUAUUGUUACCUCUGAAUUGUGUUCAGCUGAAAUGCUAUUCAACAAAUAACUUAGGAAAACUAGUUUUAUUUUUAGCUUUUCAUUUCUCUGCUGUCUUUUCUCAUUUUAUUUUGGCAGCAGUGAAGAACGGAUUGUAUAAAGACUGCCUGCUAAUAUGAACAAAAUGCACUUGUAAUUCAUGGAAAUAAAUUUAAAUCUUAUAUCUUCACAUUAAUAUUAAGAAUUAGUUUUUGGUUUCCUUUUGGAUAAUGUGUUUGAAUGGAAAUCAGGUUCCGUUUGUUACUGUAGUGUGUAUAUAAGGAUGCUUGCUGGUAUGUUAUCCCAGGCUUCCUCAUAGCACUUCUCUGUCUGCUUUUCAAGAUAAUUUAGAAAGCCAUUAACUUAGAUUCUCAGUUUAUAAGGGUGCUUACCAGAUAUAAAAUUCUGAAUUUUCAUUUGUUGUAGGUGUUAGUCUGCCAAAACUAAUUUUUAAUAAACAAGGAUUCCUCUUCAAAGGGCAUUUUCUGCUAGAAAAAUCCUGUGGUCCAUGAAUAUCUUUGUUGCAUACAAUAUAUAUUAAGAGCAUUAUCAGAACACUGCAAAGUUGAUCAUUUAAUUGCUGGUAUAGAGCCUAUGCUAACAACUUUUCUACAAUACUGCACUUGACUGUUGAUACUAGUGUAAAAAUCUCUUUUGACGUUUCUACGCAUUAUAUCUUUACCAAAAUACUUUCCUUGCUCGGUUUCUAAAACCUAAACUAUAUCUAGGUGCCUGGACGCUUGCAUGAUCAUGGUCACUACAGGAGUUGAUUUGGAAAAAUAUGGAAAGAAGACUGUUAUUGAAACAUUUAGUUUGUAACAACUCAACUUUAAUUUAUUAAGGAAGAGCUUUGGCAGCUUAUUUCAUGCACCCCUUUUCCCAUUCAUCUUUUAACCUUUUUCUUUUAAAUAUUAGAUUUUUUAGUAUUACGAAUUUACUGUCAAGUUGCAUCUCUAAAAAAGAGAAGCCAUGGGUUUGAUUUACUAACAUCUGGUGCUUUGGCGCUUUCUUCCUUAGCUAUUAUUGCUGAAUCAGAUUGGCAUGAAACCACUAACUGCUUUCAUCAAAGUGUCAUUGGAUGAUGUUGAGUUGAACUCAUUGUCUCAACUGCAAAAGCAUGAUUUUGUCAGGUUGGAGAAUAUUUUAAAAGAAGGUGCCUAUAAUAACAACACUGUUUUGUGAAUUAUUUCAUCACUUCAUGCUUGAUUUUCCUUGCCUAUUCUGUGUAUUUGUAGAUUAUAUUUCUGGAAAUUCCCAUAGACUAGCAGAGAACCGAAAGGCAUAUUGUUAUUGAUGUGACACAUAUGAUAUGCCUAUUAAUAGUAAAGACAUUUUUCGUAUAAGGAAUGUAAACGGAACUAUCAAAAACAUUCCAACCUUUAUAGAUAAAGAAAUGCAAAUACAUAAACAUGUAAUACAAGGAAAUUCUGUUUUGGUGGCUCUGGUGAUAAGCUUUUUGAGCUCUGCUUUCAUGACUUUGGCAUCAAAAUUCCUCAUAUCAAUAUUUUAGAUCGUAUAUAAAAUUUGGAGUGUGCAAUCCACAAUACAGGGUGAACAGUGUAAUGCACUAUUUGCUUUCAGGAAUUGGGUAUGAUUACAUGGCCAAAUGAAACCGUAGAUGAGUUAAGCAUGGUUAUCCUUAAUGAACAAAUGAGAGGAAAACCUGUUAUUGCUGCCACUGUAAUGUGCUACAAUAUAUUUAUACCAUGUCACACACAAUCUGCUGAAUAACUAUACCGUAGAUAUAAACUUUUAUUAAUAUAUUUGCUUAUGUUAGUGCAGUUUAUGUAGCCCCCUGAUUAUUGAUAAACUUAUUGAUUGAUUUUACAGCCAGUGAUAUGGUAUAAAUAUAUGUCCCUGCAGACAUACAGAUACGCACAUGAUUUGGGUCCCUUGCAUAGUACUUUUAUAUUUGUACAGCAAUGUCUUCAAGCAAUCCCAAAUUUUAGGGGAAAUAUUUUUGUAAAUGCAGUGGCUUAAAAAAGGCACUGAACAAUCCUUUUGCGUAAGUUUUGAACACAUUGGUCUUUCAAAUGGUUUAGUUGGUGAUGAUUGAAAUAUAUCACACUAAGUGUACAUUUAGUAAAAUGAAGCUUACAAUGAUACUUGUAGCAUGUGCUGGAUCAAAACUAUGUGAUGCAUUGGAAGACAUUUAAAAGUUGGAAUAUCUUUGUAAAUCCAGAACAAAUUUGUAAAGGUUCGAGGGGAUUUACUUAUAUUGUUGCCUUUUCUUGUGUUGUAUCAGUGUGUAGAACACUCUUUUUAAAAAAAAAAAAAAAAAAAAUACUCGAACUGCUUUGUAUUUGCGUUGUACUGUUGGUGCCUUCUUAGUCAUGUACCCCAAAAGUCCUGCAUAGCUAACUUAGUUACAAUGGUAGGUUUAAAAGACAAAACAAAGGAAAAUUUUAUAAAAAUCAUUUUCUGUAUGUUCUUAUUCAUUAUAUUGUAACAAUUAAACAUUUAUAUUGUGACAGAGUUGUGAUUUGGUUAAUCUGUAUAGAACAAUUGUAAGUAGCAAAGGUUUAUAUUUUGUCUUGAUUCUUUUGAUGUUGUAAAGGUACAUAAUUUUUUUUCAAAAUCAGUUAACUGAAUGUUCUGUUUGUUUCUGGCAUCUGACUCUUGUAAAAACAAAUGCAAAGAAAAUCAUUAAAUUGCGUUCCUGUA